CUCUGUAUGUACAUUGGAAUGGUUCGCAUAUUGAUCGCCCACGUGGAAAUUCAACGGUUGACGCUAUCGGUCGGCGAUCGAUAGUCGAUACGAGUUGACGCAGGGGGGGGAUUUGCGCCAGUUGACACUGACAGCUGAUGGGCAAUUGGAUGAUAUUCCUGGUUCAUGUUUGAUGAUCCAAUCUCUCCAGUAGAAAGUUGACAAAAUAUUCGAAUCAAUUAUGCUGCUCUUUCUCGUCCAUAUCUCUGCUCAUGUCUGCUAUGUUUUGAAUGGCUUCAACCCCUGAAACCCGCCGUUCCCUGGAUCCUCUAAUCUUUGGCGUCUAUCGCGAGGUUUGGCCAGCAACAAAGAACCAAUCAUCUGGUCUUGUUUGAUUAAUUGGCUUUUUAUCUUCGAUUUCCCCUCUUCAAUAAAGCAUCCUCGAUUGCUCAACACGAUGGUUCCCCAGGUCUGAGUUGCUUUCCGCACUUGGGUCAUUUCCGACACAAUGGCUACCAACCUUGACAAGCCACUGCCAGAACUCAAAGUCCCAGAAUCGCAUAAUUCACUCUCUCAGAAUAUCACAACUGCGGUUCCAAAGCGAAAGCCGGUUCCUGUCACCAAGACUGCUACUGCUGCAAUCCCUGAUGCGACGGCUGCGACCACUGUCCCUGAUGUGAAUCAUGUACCGCGACGAGGAUGCUUGGAUUGGCGACGAUAUUCAAGAAAGAAAAGACUUCUUCUCAUCGGAAUUAUCAUUGGCGCUGUCUGCCUCAUUGCACUCAUAAUAGGUCUUGCUGUGGGGUUGACUAGAGGACGGAGUCAUUCGAACCUGCCCCUUCCCACAUCCCACGGCGGACCAUACACAGGCGACUUGACAUACUACGAUCCCGCGCUCGGUUCCUGUGGAAUUUCCAGCUCCAGCUCCGACCACAUAUGCGCGGUCUCACAUAAACUUUUUGACGCUGCCUCUAAGGGCUCGAAUCCAAACGAAAAUCCAUUAUGUGGACUGAAAUUGAGGUUGCGACGGAACGGGGAGAGUGUGGAUGUGAAGGUCGUGGAUCGCUGCGUCGGUUGUAAAGAGACUGAUUUGGAUGUCUCCCGGGCUGUCUUCAACCAGGUCGCUGACCUUGAUCUAGGUCGGGUGGUAGUGGAAUGGGCAUGGCUGGAGGAUUCGCCCAUUGCAAGGAUCUGAUGGUUGAUGAUUGUGAUUGUUUUCUCUCUGCUGCAUAGCUUUGUUUUUAGUUCUAUGAUACCCAUUUUGUUGUUGUCAAUAUUUAUUGAGUGGCUGGAAAAGUAGAUUGUCAGGAUAUAUAUCCAUGACAACAGUUGUUAUGUAAACAAAUAGUGGUUUAACAAUUUCGACCACUCGAAAGAGGCUAAUUAAUUGACUACCUGGUAGCUUGGUACCGAAGAG